AUGGUUUUGCGUUGGAGGAACCUCCAGCCCUCGGCCGAGGCCUUUGAGGAGGUGAUGAAUGCGCUCACUGCCUUCUUUGAUCCCCAGCUGGUACGCACGUCCAUCUGCGAGCAAUCAUCUCUUGGACUCCAUGCGGAGGCAGAAACAAGUAUAGCUAAAAUGGAAGAUGAUGCAGACUCCGAGGAGAACGCACACAAGAAGAGAAAGAAGCCGUGGAGUCUGAAGAUGUCGAAGGUACCCAACACCACGUCACUUUCCCUUCAGGCUUAA